UGACAGCAAACUGUCACGGUUCUUGAAGAGAGGAAGCCGUGUACCCCGGUCUCUGGUUGUUCAGUGUAUCUGUAUGCGAAUUUCGUAAAACAGCAACCAUGGAGGAGACAAAAAAUAAAGAGAAAAAGCAGUCCGAAAAGACAGAGGAAAAGGAUAAGGAGACUAAGCCCACAGGGAAGGACAAGGAUAAAAAAGAAGAGCAAGAACUGUCUGAUGAGGACAAACAGCUGCAAGAAGAACUGGAGAUGAUGGUGGAGAGACUUGGUGAGACGGACACGUCUCUGUACCGGCCUGCUCUAGAGGAGCUGCGCAGGCAGAUCCGCUCCUCCACCACCUCCAUGACCUCUGUGCCCAAGCCCCUGAAGUUCCUGCGGCCACAUUAUGGCAAGCUCAAAGAGAUCUACGAGGGCAUGGCGCCUGGCGAGAACAAGAGUUUCUGUGCAGAUGUGGUGUCGGUCUUGGCCAUGACAAUGAGUGGGGAGCGGGAGUGUCUGAAGUACCGUCUGCUGGGCUCCCAGGAGGAGCUGGCGUCCUGGGGACAUGAAUAUGUCAGGCACCUGGCGGGCGAGGUGGCCAAGGAGUGGCAGGAGGUUGAGGAGAGUGAUAAGACGCAGCAGGAGACUCUGCUGAAGCUGGUGAAAGAGAUUGUGCCCUACAACAUGGCCCACAACGCUGAGCACGAGGCCUGUGACCUGCUGAUGGAGAUCGAGAGGCUGGAGAUGCUGGAGCUCUACAUAGAUGAUAAUGCAUACGCCAAGGUCUGCCUCUACCUCACCAGCUGUGUGAGCUAUGUCCCUGAGCCAGAGAACUCUGCCCUGUUGAAGUGUUCCCUGAACAUCUUCAGGAAGUUUAACCGUUACCCAGAGGCCCUGAGGCUGGCCCUGAUGCUCAACGAUGUGGAAUUGGUGGAGAACAUCUUCACCUCCUGCAAAGACAUCGUGAUCCAGAAGGAGAUGGCCUUCAUGCUGGGCCGACACGGCAUGUUCCUGGAGCUCAACGAGGACGUGGAGGACUACGAGGACCUGACGGAAAUCAUGUCCAACGUCCAGCUCAACAGCAACUUCCUGGCCUUGGCCCGAGAGUUGGACAUCAUGGAACCCAAAGUCCCAGAUGACAUCUACAAAACCCACCUGGAGAACAACCGGUUUGGAGGAAGUGGUUCCCAGGUGGACUCUGCUCGUAUGAACCUGGCCUCCUCGUUUGUCAACGGCUUCGUCAACGCAGGGUUCGGACAGGACAAGCUGCUCACAGACGAUGGCAACAAAUGGCUGUACAAGAACAAAGACCAUGGUAUGCUGAGUGCUGCAGCCUCUCUGGGGAUGAUCCUGCUGUGGGAUGUGGACGGUGGUUUGACACAGAUAGACAAAUACCUCUACUCCUCAGAGGACUACAUUAAGUCGGGGGCCCUCCUGGCUUGUGGCAUAGUGAACUCUGGGGUGAGGAACGAGUGUGACCCGGCCCUGGCCCUGCUGUCAGACUACGUCCUCCACAACAGCAACGUCAUGCGGAUAGGAGCCAUCUUCGGCCUGGGCCUAGCGUAUGCUGGCUCGAACCGUGAGGACGUCCUCUCUCUGCUGCUGCCCGUCAUGGUAGACUCUAAGUCCAGCAUGGAGGUGGCAGGUGUGACGGCGCUGGCGUGCGGUAUGAUCGCGGUGGGCUCGUGUAACGGUGACGUCACCUCCACCAUCGUCCAGACCAUCAUGGAGAAGAGUGAGCUGGAGCUGAAAGACACAUAUGCCCGCUGGUUGCCGCUGGGCCUGGGCCUCAACCACCUGGGUAAAGGGGAGGCCAUUGAGACGACCCUGGCAGCGCUGCAGGUGGUGCCUGAGCCCUUCCGCAGCUUUGCCAACACACUGGUGGACGUCUGUGCCUACGCAGGUUCUGGUAACGUACUGAAGGUGCAGCAGCUGCUCCACAUCUGCAGUGAGCACUAUGAAGCCAAGGAGAAGGAGGAGGAAAAAGACAAGAAGGACAAGAAGGACAAAGACAAGAAGGAGAGUGCAGCCGACAUGGGCUCCCACCAGGGUGUGGCUGUCCUGGGUAUUGCACUCAUUGCCAUGGGAGAAGAGAUUGGCUCAGAGAUGGCAUUACGGACGUUUGGACACCUGUUGCGGUAUGGAGAGCCUACUCUGAGGCGUGCGGUGCCUCUAGCCUUGGCCCUGAUCUCUGUGUCGAAUCCUCGCCUCAACAUCCUGGACACACUCAGCAAGUUCUCCCACGAUGCUGACCCAGAGGUCUCACACAACUCCAUCUUUGCCAUGGGCAUGGUGGGCAGCGGAACAAACAAUGCCCGCCUGGCUGCCAUGCUGAGGCAGCUGGCUCAGUACCAUGCCAAAGACCCCAACAACCUCUUUAUGGUCCGAUUGGCACAGGGUCUGACUCACCUGGGUAAAGGGACAUUGACGCUGUGUCCGUACCACAGUGACAGGCAGCUGAUGAGUCAGGUGGCCGUGGCAGGACUACUCACUGUCCUCGUCUCCUUCCUUGACGUCAAGAACAUAAUCCUGGGGAAGUCUCACUACGUUCUCUAUGGCCUGGUGGCUGCCAUGCAGCCCCGUAUGCUGGUCACCUUCGACGAGGAGCUGAGGCCGCUGCCCGUGUCCGUCAGGGUGGGACAGGCGGUGGACGUGGUUGGCCAGGCCGGUAAGCCCAAAGCCAUCACAGGUUUCCAGACCCACACCACGCCGGUGCUCCUGGCCCACGGAGAGAGGGCAGAGUUGGCCACAGAGGAGUAUCUCCCCGUCACCCCCAUCCUGGAGGGCUUCGUCAUCCUCCGCAAGAACCCCAACUACGAUGCCUAGAUUUCCCUCUAUUGUCCUCCCCUGGUCCUCACCCUACUCUCCUUACCAGUCUCUCAUUGGUAGCAUGGAUAGCCCUCCCUGGCUCUUUUAGACCUCACUACUUUAUUCCAUGUCUGAAAAGAGCCAGGAAGCCCUCUUUUUCUUGUCAACAGCUUCUCUCCAUCUGUGAAAAUAUAUGGUUGUGUUCUGGGUGGUCAAACUGACUGGAGCAGGGAGUGGAAACUGGGACCUCAUUCACACUGUUUAGAUUGGUUUCCUCUUUGUUCUGAUCUAGGAUCAGUUCCACAUAAAUGUAUUAAACCAUCUCUUUUUAGGCUCCACAAAUAUUUAACUGAUCUAGGGUCAGCCAUCAGGAGCGAACUUUGUUCAGCCUCUCCCGGUUUCUAGUUCAGCCUCCAAGUCUGCUUUUACACAGGCAGCCCAAUUCUGAUCUUUUUUUCCACUAAUUGGUCUUUUGACCAAUCACAUCAGAUCUUUUUCAGAGCUGAUCUGAUUGGUCAAAAGACCAAUUAGUGAAAAAAGAUCAGAAUUGGACUGAUGAACAACAUAAGCUCAGUCCGCAUCAAUACUACAACUAGUUUCUCUUUCCCACCCAUGACAACCUCCUUUUGUAAUUAGAGCAUGGAAAAUGUGUCCUUCAUCAUCCAGUUUUUUCUUUUGUUUUGUAGGUUUUGUUACAGUACUGUAAAAGGUUAAAAUAAUAAAAGUUUCAGAUCCACUUGGUGAAAUUGUCUAUCACCGGGUCUGUUCUUUGUCAUGAGG